GAUUAAUUAAUCUCUCACCAAUCUUAAUCUAGUCCUCAUCUUAAUCCUAAUCCUCGUGAAGGAACCCCUUCAUUCAAUUAAUUAAAGUUCAGAGGAUGGAAUCUUCAUUAAUGGACAGUGAUGGAUCCAUCCAUCUCUGUUCUGAUCGCACGUACGCGGAAAGCUAGAGAGACAAACAGAGAAUUUUAGAGAGAGAAACCGGAGUCUCUGUGUGUGAGAGAGAGGGAGACUGGUUUUUUGUGUAUGCUUUUGAGCAUGAAUCAUGGAUGGAUCUAUCUUCUUCUUUAAGCUCACGUUCCCAGUAACCUAGAAAGACAAUUUUAGAGAGAGAUAGAGAGAGGGGGGGGGGGGGUUUGGGGAAGAGAGAGAAAGGGACAGUUUUGUAGUGAAAAUUGAAAAAUGGAGGGGAGAGAGAGAGCAGGGGAGACUGUCACAUGGCAUGUGAAGAACAGCUGUGCCCACGCCCCUUCGUCCCCUCCCCGAUAAAUACCCUUCUCACCUUCCUUGCUACGUCUUUUGACUCUCUGCUUUCUCUCUCCUCCUUCCCUUUCUCUCCCUAGAUGAGCUCUCUAAUGGCAGAACUGAAGCUCUAGACUAUACCCCGCUUCCCAAAUCGCAGAAAUGAAGAUGAGCACUCUCUGUUCUACUGCGCACUGCCACUCCCUAACUCCCCAGAAGCUCUUCUCUGUCUACCACUGCCUAUUGCUCUUCUCUCUCACUUCCCCCUGUCUCCAAGCUUCUCCCUCAGCCCUUAAUGGCGUCUACAGAGACACCCACCUUCUUCUCCAAUUUAAGGCCACGCUCCCCAACCCUGCUCUUCUCUCAAACUGGCAAUCAGCCCAAAACCCUUGCCUCUUCAGGGGCGUCUCCUGUAAGGGAGCUCGUGUUUCCUUUGUAGACCUAAGCUCUUUCCCCCUUAGCUCCGAUUUUAGCUCCGUCGCUUCUUAUCUCAUGAGCUUAGAGCUCUUGGAGAGUCUUCACUUGAGCUCCGCGAAUCUCACCGGCUCUGUUUCUUCCAUUUCUGGAUAUCGAUGCAGUGUGUUCUUCACUGAUUUGGAUCUUUCCAACAAUAGUCUAUCUGGGUCUGUUUCGGAUAUUUUUUCAGGUCUAUCCGCUUGCUCUGGUUUGAAAUCUCUGAAUCUGUCGUUUAAUCCGUUGGAGUUUUCUGCCGGAGUGAAGGAUUCCGGUUCCGUCGGCUUAAUCCUCAAGAAUUUGCAGACUCUGGACCUUUCUUACAAUCGGAUCUCGGGGCAAAACGUCGUUUCAUCCCUCUUACCGGUGGGUUGCGGCGAGCUGAAGCGUUUGUCUCUGAGAGGCAACAAGGCCACCGGAAGCGUUCCCUUCUCCGGUUGUGCUAAUUUGGAGUACCUCGAUUUAUCUUCCAACAAUUUCACUUCAGUGGUGCCCUCAUUCGGGGAUUGCUUAGCUCUGCAGUAUCUUGAUCUGUCGGCGAACAAAUUUUCAGGCGAAAUAAAGGACGAACUCUCUUCCUGCAAGCAACUCAGCUUCUUGAACUUGUCGAGCAAUCAAUUUUCCGGCGCUAUUCCAGCGCUCCCUACCGGAACCUUGCAGUUUCUGUAUCUUUCGUACAACAAAUUCCAGGGCGGAUUGCCGGCGAAUCUUGCAGAUUUGUGCUUGACCCUCGUCGAGCUCGAUCUUUCGUACAAUAAUUUCUUUGGUACGGUUCCCGAUAGUUUAAGCUCUUGUUCUUCUUUGGAAUCUAUUAACUUGUCUAGCAACGAAUUCUCCGGCGAAUUACCCGUCGAUACUGUGCUGAAAAUGACUCAGUUGAAGAAGCUUGUCUUGUCAAACAACUACUUCGCCGGGGUCUUGCCGGAUACUUUGUCGGUGCCUACCCAUUUGGAGACUUUGGAUGUUAGUUCCAAUAAUUUGUCCGGAUUAAUCCCUUCUGGGCUCUGUCAAUCUUCUCGAAACAGCUUGAAGGAACUGUAUCUUCAGAACAAUAUGUUCACCGGACCUAUUCCGGCGACUCUGGGCAACUGCUCGGACCUUGUCUCCCUCGAUCUCAGCUUCAAUUACCUCACGGGCACGAUCCCUUCUAGCUUGGGAUCACUGUCAAACCUUCGUGACUUGAUGAUUUGGUUAAAUCAGCUACAGGGAGAAAUCCCCGAAGAUUUGAUGAACCUGCGGAUGCUGGAGAGCCUUAUUUUGGAUUUUAACGAAUUGACCGGAUCGAUUCCUUCUGGUCUGAGCAAUUGCACAAAUCUGAAUUGGAUCUCGCUGUCGAACAAUCGGUUAAGUGGCGAGAUCCCUCCCUGGAUCGGGCGGUUAAGCAGUUUAGCCAUUCUCAAGCUCGGAAACAACUCAUUUCAGGGUCAGAUUCCGCCGGAGCUCGGCGAUUGCCAGAGACUGAUAUGGCUCGAUCUCAAUAGCAAUUUACUGAGCGGCACAAUUCCUCCUGCUCUGUUCAAGCAAUCCGGCAACAUCGUUGCUGGUCUCGUCGCCGGAAAGAGGUUUGCUUACAUUAAGAAUGAUGGGAGCAAUAAAGGGUGUCACGGAGCAGGCAACCUCGUCGAGUUUGCAGGAAUUAGGCAACAGCAGCUGCCGAGAAUUUCAACCAGAAGCCCCUGCAACUUCACGAGAGUCUACGGAGGUAUAAUCCAACCCACAUUUAACAAUAAUGGAUCCAUGAUUUUUCUUGAUCUUUCUUACAAUGUGUUAUCCGGUAGUAUUCCCAAGGAGGGUGGGACUAUGUACUAUGUUCAAGUUUUGAAUUUAGGCCAUAACAAUCUUUCUGGUCCAAUCCCCCAAGAGCUUGGGAGCUUGAGGAGUGUGAACAUUCUUGAUCUCUCCCACAAUCAGCUCCAAGGGGUGAUCCCUGGAUCCUUGACAAGCCUUACAUUGCUCUCGGAUCUCGAUCUGUCGAACAACCAUCUCUGGGGGAUGAUUCCCGAAUCAUCUCAGUUCGAAUCCUUUCCUGAUUAUAGAUACAUUAACAAUUCCGGCCUCUGCGGGUACCCUCUCCCUCGAUGUGGGGGGAAUUCGGGCAUGAAUUCGCAUUCCCAGCAUAGGAAGUCCCGCGGACAAGCAUCCCUUGCAGGGAGUGUGGCGAUGGGUUUGUUAUUUUCCCUCUUUUGUAUCUUUGGAUUGAUCUUUGUUGCUGUGGAGGCGAAGAAGAGGAGGAGGAAGAAGGAUUCGUCUGCCCUCGAUAUUUAUAUCGACAGCAAUUCUCACUCUGGGACUGCCAAUGGAGGUUGGAAGCUAACCGGUGCCCGUGAAGCUUUGAGUAUUAAUCUUGCCACUUUUGAGAAGCCCCUUCGAAAGCUGACUUUUGCAGACCUUCUUGAGGCCACCCAUGGCUUCCACAAUGACAGUCUCAUUGGCUCUGGAGGGUUUGGGGACGUCUACAAAGCCCAGCUGAAAGACGGAAGCAUUGUAGCCAUCAAGAAGUUGAUACACAUUAGCGGGCAGGGGGAUCGGGAAUUCACCGCUGAAAUGGAAACCAUUGGGAAAAUCAAGCACCGAAAUCUUGUGCCCCUCUUGGGCUAUUGCAAGGUUGGGGAAGAACGGCUUUUGGUUUAUGAAUACAUGAGGUUCGGAAGCCUGGAAGAUAUCUUGCAUGACCGGAAGAAAGCCGGGAUCAAGCUGAGUUGGUCGGCAAGGAGGAAGAUAGCCAUUGGAGCUGCUAGGGGACUUGCUUUUCUUCACCACAAUUGCAUUCCCCACAUCAUUCACCGGGACAUGAAAUCGAGCAAUGUCCUGCUCGAUGAGAACUUGGAAGCCCGAGUCUCCGAUUUUGGAAUGGCAAGGCUGAUGAGUGCGAUGGACACCCAUUUGAGCGUGAGCACGCUUGCAGGCACACCUGGUUAUGUCCCUCCCGAGUACUACCAGAGCUUCAGAUGUUCCACGAAGGGCGAUGUUUACAGCUAUGGUGUUGUUCUACUCGAGCUGCUAACGGGAAGGCAGCCUACAGAUUCAUCCGAUUUUGGGGACAACAACCUUGUGGGGUGGGUGAAGCAGCACACCAAGUUGAGAAUAAGCGACAUAUUUGAUUCGGAGCUCACGGAGGACCCCAGCCUGGAGAUUGAGCUCUUGCAGCACUUGAAGGUAGCUUGUGCUUGCUUGGACGAUCGACCGUGGCGGCGCCCUACCAUGAUCCAAGUCAUGGCAAUGUUCAAGGAAAUCCAGGCAGGGUCGGGGAUCGACUCGGCUUCCACCAUUGCCGAGGAUGGAGGUUUUGGUGCGGUCGAAGGGGUAGAGAUGAGCAUAAAAGAAGGCCCCGAAGGCAAGCAGUAGGCUCAGAAAAAUUCACUCAUCAGUUUUCCACCGAUCAAAUUCUUUGAAGAGCAAAGAAGCAAGUAAAGGCCAAGAUCAUAAACCGAUAAAGCUCGCCAAUUUUCCCACACUCUCUUAAAUAUGCCACGAAAAUUUAAAACGGUGCAGAAACAUGCAGCUGCCUCCCUGGAUGCCUAGCUAGCUAUCCACGACGACCAUGCAUUUCAUAUUUGUACGUAUAAUCAAUCUUUUAAUAUAUGAUCCAUCUGAGAAAUCUUUUGUAUGUUAUUUAUAUAAACUUAGUUGUAACUGUGUAUAUGUAUAAAGCCUCGAUCGGCUGUUGUUAA